CCUGCGGGUGUGCGGGGCCUGGUGGCUCCGUGGCUGCCUGGCCCCGGCACCGGCCGGCCGGGGCCUUGCGCCGUGGCCCGGGCUCGCCCGGCCCCGUAACCCACUGCGGUAAGAACUCUCCUGCUCGCCGCCCGUUGCAGCUCCCGUGUGGUGGAGAUCCAGUCGCAGAUGUCGGAGCGGGCCGUGGAGCUGCUGGGGCUGCCAGAGGACCGGCCGUGCCUCCUGCUCGAUGUGGGGUGAGGGGAGGCGCUGCAGCCGUGAGGAGCCCGGUUAUGCGGUCGGGCACACGCAGCAUCCGGCCUUGGCCUUUUGUAGGCACCGUGGCAGGGACACAGAGAUGCGGAGGGGAUCCUGGUGCCACUACCCUGUUUUUCAUUCCAUUGUGGCUUGUGGAAGAGGGGUAGAUGGCUGCCAGCAUGUGGGAGAUGGGAGUGCCCUUGGAUGGGCACUGUCUCUCUCUCUGUUGUUACCCCUUUUUCCCUUUAGCUGUGGCUCUGGGCUGAGUGGGGAUUACAUCUCUGAAGAGGGGCACUAUUGGAUUGGCAUGGACAUCAGCUCUGCCAUGCUGGAUGUGGCUCUGGAGAGAGAGGUAGAAGGAGACCUUCUACUUGCAGAUGUGGGGCAUGGCAUUCCCUUCAGGCCAGGCGUGUUUGAUGGUUGUAUCAGUAUUUCUGCAGUGCAAUGGCUUUGUAAUGCUGAUAAGAAGUCACAUAGUCCUCCAAAACGCCUUUAUCGAUUCUUUUCAACUCUUUAUACUGCCUUGGCCCGAGGAUCCCGAGCUGUCUUGCAGCUGUACCCUGAGAACUCAGAACAGAUGGAGCUCAUCACAGCUCAAGCCAUGAAGGCUGGCUUUACUGGGGGAAUGGUGGUAGAUUACCCCAACAGUGCCAAAGCCAAGAAGUUCUUCCUUUGUCUCUUUGUUGGGGCAUCCAGCACAUUACCAAAGGGCCUUGGUACUGAGUGUGCUGAUGAAGAGAUACACCAGGCAAAGUUCACAAAUGAAAGGGCACGGUUCAGAAAUGUCAAGGGCAAAUCUGUAAAAAAGAGCCGGGACUGGAUCCUUGAGAAGAAGGAGCGCAGACGACGGCAGGGCAAGGAGGUGCGAGCAGACACAAAAUACACGGGUCGAAAGCGCCACCCUCACUUCUGAAUCAUGGAUGCUGCAGGAGCCAGAAGAUGGUGUGUUGGCUCCCAUAAAGAGCCUCCUGUGGAUGGCGCAGAUUAGCACCCCUGGACCCAAGACCAGCCAGGACAGGUCAUUGCAGCUCUUCCAGGUGAAGGGUUGCAGGUACUAUCUAUCCUUCAAUUGCUAAGCCUUUAGGCCUUUUCUCCCAGGGAAAACGGAGUGGCGGACAGUACUUUGGCCACUCUGUGUCAGGCUAUUGCUUACCUUCUUGAGAUGGCAGCAAGCUGUCUGGAGCUCCGGGUGAGCCAAGACAUCGUACUCAGCCUCUUCACUAAACAGUCGAUGCGCUAUGGUU